UUUUUUUUUUUUUUUUUUUUUUAAAAACAACCUUUUCGUUUUAUUAAGCGUAAUAUUGUGUGUGAGCUUAGAAAGUUAAAUAAUAUUCGCAUUCCUUUAAAUACGGCUUUAGUUUUCUCCCCAACCUGCACGUUUGAUUAAUCAUGUAAAUGCUCUCCAUCAAAAUUCAAACUUCUGUGGCGUUGCUGUGAAACGUAAAUGGAAAACAUGUAAGUUAGUAGCUGCCCAUUCAAUGACGCAAUCAAUACUGUGCGUUUGCAAGAUCUGUUAAAUUUUCCCCUUUUGGUGAAAUAAUUUUGGAUUAGCAAGUGUGAUCUCGAUGCUCACUGCGCAACACCUUUUCACCUCUGUAACCGUUUGUAAUUAUUUGCUGUUUUGCAUCAUCUUUUCCUCAGUAGAAACAAGCGAAUCACAACCAUGUAAAAGCGUUACGUUGAUUAAAGAACGUCUUGUCGGAUCUUGUGAGAUCAUAGUUUUUACUACUCACCAGCGUACCACUCGACUUUACCCACUCAGUAUCAAAAUCUAAAUGAAGUCCACUCGUAAAGUUCUUCCUAGCGAACGCAAAGAUUUCCAAGCCACACCCUCUGUGGACCUGGGGCCAGCACCAACAUCCAAAGGCUGUAGGGGAGCUUCACAGUCAGCAGAUCCUCAGCAAUGGUGAAGAUUUUUGUGGGGAACCUUCCUCAAGAAGCUACCGAGGAGGAGAUCAAGGAGCUCUUUGAGGAGCACGGCACGGUCACCGAAUGCGCCAUCAUCAAGAACUUCGCCUUCGUCCAUAUGGAUGACCGUAAGGCUGCCACCAAAGCCAUCAGGACCCUUCAUCAGCACAAGCUCCACGGCACAGCGAUCAACGUGGAGGCCAGCCACGGGAAGAACCAGGGCCCCGUGAAACUGCAUGUAGCCAAUGUAGAAAAAGGAGCUGAUGACGAACUCCGUGCUCUGUUUGAAGAGUACGGUACGGUCACAGAGUGUGCUGUUGUCAAGAAUUUUGCUUUUGUGCACAUGCCCAACUAUGAUGAAGCCAUGGAUGCUAUCAAAGGGCUUGAUAACUCUGAGUUUCAAGACAAACACAUCCACGUUCAGGUUUCUAAGAGUCGACCUCGGUAUGAAGAAUGUGAAGACUACCCACCUCCUCCCCCAGACAGGGGAGGCUACUGGCCUCCACACUAUCCAGGAGAACGGCCUGAGCCUCCCCCACCCGGCUACCUGAGGGCUCGCCCCAUGCCCCCUGGUUACCCAGGUCCUCCUCUGCCACCCCCUCCCCCCAGGCGGUCAGUUUAUCUAGAGCGGCCCUAUGACAGCGAAAGGGAGCGAUACAGUGUAGUAGAUUACUACGAGAAGUACAGAGCUCGUCAGUAUGCCAGAUCUCCCUAUGAAGAGCAUCGUGCUAUACCCCCACCUCCUCCGCCCUCGUCUGUCGUUCGAGACCGCCCUCUGACCUCACCGCUUAAUCCAUAUGAGCGUCGACCCCUCCCUCCUCCCCCUCCGCCUCCUCCCACAUCGUACUACGCCCGAGAUCGCAGCCCGAUCCGGAGGGCUCCUAAUGCACCGUUGCCCCCUCCGCCCAGUAACGGCUAUGCUUAUGAGCGCUCUCGACUCUCUCCUGUUUCCCGGGCCCCUGCAUACGGCGUUCCACGCGCAAUGGACCCCUAUGCAGGCAGGCUGCCUCCGCCACCUGCACGUUAUGCAUAUUGACAAUUGAAGGUGAGCACAGAUCAGAGAUCACGUCGUCUUCACAUCCCGCUUUAAAAUGCAUUACGUACCUCUAAAGGUAGAGGCAGACUUCUGUGUCUGAGUGGUUGGGAUUCCAGUCAGUGCAUUUGCUUGAACAUUCAAAGCUUUGACGUAAAGUUGCUGUCGGACAGGUUUUAAGGUUCUGACCUCAGAAGGCAGCAAAAACUGUGAUGAAACUGCGCGCUUUGAUUCUACAUCUGCAGAUAGUUCAUUUUGUAAUUUGCUCUUUUUCAGGAAUUUUGUCCGACUGCGUUGCGGCACGGCGCCUCCUGAGGCACGCAUCUCUAUCUCUUCAUCGCUGCGGCUUGGCGCGUCGUGUAGGCCUUUGAUGAUUACGAGAAGAGCCACACCGGCGGCGGCGGCGUCGACGUCUCUUUUUGUUUUAACUUGGGAGAAUUCUUUAUUUCUUUCACAUUAUUUUGGGAAUAAUUCUACUAGUUGUUUUUACGUCUGAGUAAACGCAUCGUAUGUUUCAAUUUCUUUACUUUUUGCAUCGUUUAAGUGAUUUUUGAUUUAUGAGCCUGACAAACCUAAAUUAUGCCUCCAACAUAAUAACGUCAAAACUUUGGCCCUCGAACAGAAUUGUAGUCUGCUGCACGUUUGUUCCGUCAUGUCAGUAAAACACUAAAUUCUCCAACAAUGAUACUGUAAACCUUUUGUUUCUAUGAACGCAGAUUUAUGUCGUCAAUUUUUAAUGGAUGAAUGGGUUACUUGCUAAGUUUUUGCCUAAAAUGAAAAAAACUUCUUUGAUCUCAAUUGACCUUUAAAAACAACCAAAAGGAUAAAACAUCCUAGAGGUGAAUACGUUUUAUAGUCAAAGUCGGUGUGUUAGAUAAAGAACGUGCCGUCUUUCUUGUGAGAUCCCAAAGUUUACCCUUUCCAUCUUCAGAAUGCCCAACCUACCCAUUCUAUCUACGCCAAAAUGUUGCUAUUUUCCCCAUUUGAACCGCCCCAAAAAACCAACAAAAGAACGAAGAGGCAGCGAACAUUUAAUAGCAGAGGCUAAUUUAUUUGCAUGUGGGGUCAGGAUUACAUCAAAGGCAGCUGAGCACCCUCAUGAUGAACAGGUAAGACAACUUACCAAUACAGCCUCGUGUUUAGGUUAUGUCAGUUUUGUUAGGUAUAAUCAGACAUACAGGUUGAUAUCAGUCCCUGAUAACAACCCGUAUCAACCUGGUAAUUUGAUAUAACAAAUUACUUCUUUAUUUAUAUUUACUCACUGGCAAAACUAGUUGAGCACAAUUUAAGCAUGAAGGUAAUCUUUUAUCGGAACUUGAAAAUACUUCUGUAUAGUUGUGUAUAAAUGAGUUUGCAAGGCCAUAGCACUCGAGUACAAGUUUAGUAUCACAACCGGAAUGUAAUACACCAGUAAUCUGACCAUGUGACGGUCAAAACGGUGAGUAAAGGUAAAUGGAUCGUUUGACAGGAGUUUGAUUGGGGUUACAUUUUGGUUUCUCAUAAGACCGGCUGCCAAUAUUCUGCAGCAUGUACUCCUUACGACGCAGUGAGGAAACCUCGGUGCUCCUAUUUUUCCCAGCAUUUAGUACCUUUCACUUGUAAGGUUCUCCUGUUGUACAAUUGCAUACUUUUUGGCACCUGGCUUUAUGGAAUCCCAUAAUGUCAUCCACCAUCAAAUUCUCAACUUAAAGUCAAACAGUCUCAUUUGACUUUAAGCAUUCUCUGUCAUUAUUGUAACUUCCUGUAUCAUCUCCCUUGACCCACGACUCCCUCAUUUAAGGUGUUGUAAAAGAAUGCAGCUUUGUUUGGAAUUUGAUCACAUGAAAUCAGUUUUUUAUUAAUUACAUGGCUAUUCCAGAUCAUUUUAUAGCCUACUGAAUUGUUUGUAGAAGCAUUCUUUCUAAAUCCUUCAUUUGGUGCUUUACUGGUUUUGUCAGUCAGUGUUAACAGUCUAGUAAGGAAGUACUGCAUUUUCAAGACAUAGGCAGUAAAAUUAAUACUUUCUGCAAUCUUUAGACCGGAAGAUCCAAAGAUGAGUUGCAGUGAUUAGAAAAUGAGUGUUAAGAAUAUAAAUGAAUUAGUGCAAAAUGUAGAUUUGUUAGGUUAAGCUGCAUACUUUUUAGAUAUUAGAAAUUUGCAUUGUAGUGUUAUGUUUUGGUUUUUACAUAUGUUAAUAAAACUUUCCUUAAAAAAAUGA